AUGUCGGAUAGUGAGUCUCCGGGGGAGGUUAACCAAGUUCCUCGUACCUCUACCCCGAAUACUAGCCAAACUCCUGUGGCUAUACCAACCUCCCUCUCAACACCGGGAAGCACUCCAACUGGAGCAACAUACCCCGAGUUUCUCACUCUCCAAACGCCAACACCAUCUCGUUCCGGAGUACCAUCUCCCAAUGUUGGUGCCUUUAACACUCCCUCACGUAUCGAUCUUACACCUAAAGGAGUUGCUAACAACUUUCUCGAGUUAAGGUCUCUCCUUAACCAACAUGUGAAUAGGGAACGAGACAAGGGAGUGAGGAUCCGUCUAGAUUACGACGAACCUGAACCAUCACUAUCUCCUGGGCCUCCCCCUCUUCCUUUUGCAACUUCACAACCAACUACAUCUAGGAAUGAGGCUGGUUCCAGCAACCCUCCUCCAAAUCUUAACCCAUAUUUGUACACGAGGUCCGAUCCAACGUCUUUUCCCCUCUUUUCUUCCCAACCAAUUGCAACUGAUGCUCCCUUGGGGCACGAGUUGACUUUGGAUCAGCUCCUACAAUCUCCAGUAUCAAGCCUUCCACCCUCAACCACUACUACAUGGAAACAAGCUUUAUCAGUGCUUCGCUUGGCAUAG